UUUUGGACGGCUCUAUUCAUUUUGCUUUCAAAAAAAAAAAAAAUAUCUAGAUAUUGUAAGUAAGGACGAACUGUCUUCACCGUUAUUAAUUAAAUUUCUGGCAAAGAUGUGUAAAAGACCCGGAUCUUUUACCGAACCCGACAAUAAUGUUUCUGAUGAUUCCGCAGAAACGUAUAUCCAGAUUGUAACUUCUGGUGGUCGAAAAAUACCGGUCCACACCAACAUUCUGGCAUCAUCUUCGACUGUGUUUGAAAACAUAAUCGCUAAGCCACGUAAGAAAAACCGGAAUUCGGAGAUGACUAUACCGAUCCUCGGUGUUCCGUGUGACGCUGUGGUGGUCUUCGUUCGAUACCUUUAUUCCAACAAGUGCACGGAGGAAGAUAUGGAAAAAUAUGGGAUCCAUUUACUGGCACUUUCACAUGUAUACCUGGUCCCACAACUAAAAUCACGGUGCACCAAAGCGUUGAUCCAACGGUUGACAAUUGAGAAUGUGACUGAUUUGCUUCAACUAGCGAGACUAUGCGAUGCACCUGAUUUGUACCUCAAGUGCAUGAAACUCGUGUCUAAUAGUUUCAAGAAAGUUGAACAAACGGAAGGAUGGAAAUUUAUUCAUAACAAUGAUCCUUUCCUUGAACUCGAAAUCCUCCAAUUCAUUGACGAAACUGAAUCGAGGAGGAAGAGAAGUCGGAAGCAUAUGAGAGAACAAAGUUUGUACUUUCAGCUAAGUGAAGCUAUGGAUUGUUUGGAACAUAUUUGUACGGAAGGUUGCAUAAGUGUGGGACCUUACAACAAGGCGCCCUGCAAGAACAGGCCGCCUUGUAGUAAGUUCUCAAUAUGUCAAGGCCUUCAGCUCUCGAUUCAACAUUUCGCAAGCUGCAAAAAGAGAGUCAAUGGAGGUUGUGUUCGUUGCAAAAGAAUGUGGCAACUCUUCAAACUUCAUUCCUCAAUUUGCGAAUUACCCGAUUCCACUUGUAAAGUUCCGCUUUGCAGGCGAUUUAAGAUGAAGAGUGGGGAAGUAAUUAACAAGAACAAGAAAGAUGCGAUACGAUGGGAAUUGUUGGUGAAAAAAGUGGCAUUAGCAAAAGCUACAUCUUGUUUAUUAUUGACCAAACGAAAAAAGCUGGAAGAAGAGCCAACAACAACAUCAUCAUGCGGGGAAUCAAAUGAUAACCAUGAUUAUGUUAUAAGAAAUUUAGUUUGUUAAUCAUCAUACAUAGCAAAGGAUAUUAUGUAUAUGUAUGUAUAAGUGGGUGGUUUUUUGGUUGAUUCUUUUCAUUUCUUCAAGGAAAUAGGCAAGCAUGUGUGUAUAGUUGGAUGAUUGGGGAAUUAAUGGGGGUACCAAUGAUACAACAUUAUUUAUAUGUCUGUAUUUGUAUCCUUUAGUAAUUGUUUUUAUAUUAAAAGUAGUAGGGUAUAACGGUUUGGACUUUUUUGGAA